AUGCAAUUACUCGCUCACUUAUACCUCCUCAUUGUCUCGGCUGCUCUCAUAGCAGCCCAAGACCCGACACCCGUCGCGACGCCAGAGGAGGGUGGAUUUCGAAAUUACCGAUCAAUUGCGGGCGAAUAUUUCGCUAAUGAAAGAAGAAUCGUGGAUCAAUGCGUUCUGACGAUGAGAAAUGCACUGGCAAAAUGCCAAAAUGACAACUGGGAUUGCAAAUGCAGCGCCCAAGCGAACAUCGCCAACUGCUACGUUGAUUGCCUCAACAACAAGGAUAGUUUCUCGGCUCAAUUAUCCAGCGCGGAGAUAUGCGCCACUGCCAACGCAUACGACGCCGGACUAACAAACGUCCCCGCUACUUGGACCACACCCGGCCCUGCAGCGGCGACCCCGGCACAGAUCAGUGAUAUUGACGACGACGAAUUCGAUACCAAGAAGUCGGCAUCUUCUAGCGAGCCUACAAAGUCAUUGACGGAAGAAAAGAGUGCGACGACGUCGGAGGGGGCUGCCGCUGGUAAAGCUGCUGGAAGCUGGUUGGCUCUCGUAGGGUUGGGAAUCGGAAUGGUCUUUUGA